CUCCAAGGAACAUGUGAGACUUGAGUGAGUGAGUGAGAGCGAGAGAGAUGGGUGAGAUCGAGAUUGGAAAUACUGAUAAUCGUCAUCUUCCUCUUUUUGAAACAAAGACGCCAAGAACACGGAUCCAUUUUCAACUCUAUGCACUUUUAAUCUUCGUGUGUAUAUCCUUAAUCUUUAUAUAUAGACUCAGCUAUAUACCAGCAAAAGAAGAAGCAGGAAGAAGAUGGGCUUGGGUGGGAUUGUUUGUAUCAGAGAUAUGGUUUUGCUUUUACUGGUUUCUCACCGCCGUUGUCCGAGGAAACCCCAUCUACCGUUAUACUUUCAAAGACCGGCUCUCUCUCAGAUACCAGAGUUCUAAUUUGCCGGGAAUAGACAUAUUCGUGUGCACCGCAGACCCCACGAUAGAACCACCAGUCAUGGUGAUUAACACAGUGCUGUCAGUCAUGGCUUUUGACUAUCCACCGGAAAAGCUAAACGUUUAUCUCUCAGACGAUGGUGGCUCGGACUUGACGUUUUACGCCAUGCUAGAGGCCUCGCGUUUCUCAAAGAUUUGGCUUCCGUUUUGCAAGAAGUUCAAAGUUGAACCAAGAUCUCCGGAUGCAUAUUUCCGCAGCGCUGAGCAGCCGCCACUACCGGAGGAUGAUCCUGUCAUGGCAAAAAACUGGUCUUCCGUCAAGAAAUCAUAUGAAGACAUGAAACAACGGAUUGAAACCACCACAAAGUUGGGUCGAGUUUCAGAAGAAAUACGCAAAGAACAUAAGGGAUUCAGAGAGUGGAACCUGGUUGCAAGCCGAUGCGAUCAUCAAACCAUUCUUCAAGUACUUGUUGGUCAUGGGAAAGACCCUAAGGCUGUGGACAUCGAAGGACAACCUUUGCCAACUCUGGUGUACUUGGCACGUGAAAAAAGACCCCAGCACCACCACAAUUUCAAAGCAGGAGCCAUGAAUGCACUGAUUAGGGUGUCAGAAAGGAUGAGCAAUUCUCCGAUAAUUCUUAAUGUGGACUGCGACAUGUAUUCAAGCAAUUCGGAGUCGGUGAGGGAUGCUGUGUGUUUUUUUAUGGAUGAAGAAAGAGGUGAUGAAGUUGGAUUUGUACAGUUUCCACAGACUUUCGAGAAUCUUACCAAGAAUGAUGUUUACAGUAGUAGCUUCAACAUAGGGAGCAUGGUCGAGUUUCCAGGAUUGGAUGGGCAUGGAGGGCCUUGCUACAUUGGUACUGGGUGCUUUCACAGAAGAGAGAGUCUCUGUGGACAGAAGUAUAGCAAGGAACGCAAGACAGAUUGGGAAAUAUGGAACAAGCCACAGGUAGGAGUGAGUGCCAGUUCGCUGGAAAACGAAUGCAAAGUCCUUGCCAGUUGCACCUAUGAAGAUAAUACUCAGUGGGGAAAGGAGAAGGGUCUGAAGUAUGGCUAUCCAGUUGAAGAUGUCCUUACUGGAUUAGCUAUACAAUGUCGAGGAUGGAGAUCCAUAUAUUUCAAUCCAGAAAAGAAGGGCUUCCUCGGACUAGCUCCAACAACAUUACUGCAGUCACUUGUACAGCAUAAAAGAUGGAGUGGAGGUGAUUUUCAAAUCUUUGUCUCAAGAUACUGUCCCUUUGUCCAUGGGUAUAAAAAGAUUCCCCUUAAACUUCAACUUUCGUACUCUCUCUAUCUGCUAUGGGCUGCAAACUGCUUGCCUACGCUGUACUAUGUUAUAGUGCCAUCCCUGUUCCUGCUUAGAGGUAUCUCCUUGUUUCCAGAGGUUUCAAACCCAUGGGUGCUACCAUUUGCGCUAGUCAUCUUUGUCCACCGGGCAUACAGUCUGGGAGAAUUUGUUUGGUGUGGGGGCACAUUCCAAGGAUGGUGGAAUGAUCAAAGGAUGUGGCUAUUCAAAAGAACUAGUUCCUACUUCUUUGGCUUCUUUGACAGUAUUCUAAAACUACUAGGACAUACAAAGUCGGCCUUUGUCAUCACGGCAAAGGUGGCUGAAGAUGAUGUGUCGCAGAGAUAUGAGCAGGAGGUCAUGGAGUUUGGCACUUCUUCCCCAAUGUUUACCAUUUUAGCUACGCUUGCACUGCUAAAUGCAUUCUGUUUCAUUGGAGGAAUGAAGAGAUUGAUUAUGGAUAUGAAAACUUGGGUUUCAGACCCAUUUUCAUUGCAAAUUCUUCUAUGUGCUCUCCUGGUUCUAAUCAACCUGCCUGUUUACCAAGGUCUUUUCCUCAGGAAAGACAAUGGCAGGAUGCCAAGCUCAGUAACAACACAGGCAGUUAUGUUCGCACUAUUGGCUUGUACAUUAGCCCUGUGCUAAGUUCUAUCUCGAUGCCAAGCAAAACUUCAGCUGUAACAAGCUAUGCUUCAGAAACAUUUUCACUUCUCUAA